CUUCAGGUAAGGCCAAAUAUUCUUACAUUAGUAUGCAAUUAGAGGCUCAGUCUGUAUAGGAGCAAACGGAGACCUGGUACAAGAAACAGUACACAUUUUUACUUGGGAAACAUUGAGUGAACUCUGUGCUUCCUGGACAACUCAAUGCCCAGAGUAGUUUUAUUAAGCAGCUUGGCUUAUAAGCGAAACAGUAGCUCCUUAUUUAAAUGUGUGAGUCAGAGAGACUGACUUCAAAUUCUAUUUAUGUGACCCUUAACCUCACGUGCAUUGGAGCGCCCAGCCUACUGUCCUUGUGUUACUGUAGCAGUGCAAAGUUUGGAGAAGCAUGACAUGCUAAGGAGCGUCCUACUGUCCGCGGUGCUCUCACUAGUAGGCGCCCAACCCUUCCCCUGCCCCAAAACCUGCAAGUGUGUGGUCCGCGAUGCCGUGCAAUGCUCCGGCGGCAGCGUGGCUCACAUCGCUGAGCUAGGUCUGCCCACGAACCUCACACACAUCCUGCUCUUCAGAAUGGACCGGGGAGUAUUGCAGAGCCACAGCUUCAGCGGCAUGACGGUCCUUCAGCGCCUGAUGCUCUCAGAUAGCCACAUUUCUGCCAUCGACCCCGGCACCUUCAAUGACCUGGUAAAACUAAAAACCCUCAGGUUGACGCGCAACAAAAUCUCUCAUCUUCCACGUGCGAUCCUGGAUAAGAUGGUGCUUUUGGAACAGCUGUUCUUGGACCACAAUGCACUAAGGGACCUUGACCAAAACCUGUUUCAGAAACUGCUUAACCUGCGGGAUCUCUGUUUGAACCAGAAUCAGCUCUCCUUUCUUCCUGCUAACCUUUUCUCGAGCCUGGGAAAGCUGAAGGUGUUGGAUUUAUCGCGAAACAACCUGACCCACCUGCCCCAGGGAUUACUUGGGGCGCAAAUUAAGCUUGAGAAACUGCUGCUCUAUUCAAACCGGCUCAUGUCUCUGGAUUCGGGGCUGCUGGCCAACCUGGGCGCCCUGACUGAGCUGCGGCUGGAGCGGAAUCACCUUCGCUCCAUCGCACCGGGUGCCUUCGACAGCCUCGGAAACCUGAGCACCUUGACUCUGUCCGGAAACCUCCUGGAGUCUCUGCCGCCCGCGCUCUUCCUUCAUGUGAGCUGCGUGACUCGGCUGACCCUGUUCGAGAACCCUCUGGAGGAGCUCCCGGAGGUGCUGUUCGGGGAGAUGGCCGGCCUGCGGGAGCUGUGGCUGAACGGCACCCACCUGCGCACGCUGCCCGCCGCCGCCUUCCGCAACCUGAGCGGCCUGCAGACGCUGGGGCUGACACGGAACCCGCUCCUGAGCGCGCUCCCGCGCGGCAUGUUCCACGGCCUGACGGAGCUGCGCGUGCUCGCGCUGCACACCAAUGCCCUGGAGGAGCUGCCGGAGGACGCGCUGCGCGGCCUCGGGCGCCUGCGCCAGGUGUCGCUGCGCCACAACCGGUUGCGGGCCCUGCCCCGCACGCUCUUCCGUAACCUCAGCAGCCUCGUGACGGUGCAGCUUGAGCAUAACCAGCUGAAGACCCUGCCAGGAGACGUGUUCGCGGCUCUGCCCCAACUGACCCGGGUCCUGCUCGGUCACAACCCCUGGCUCUGCGACUGUGGCCUGUGGCCCUUCCUCCAGUGGCUGCGGCAUCACCUGGAGCUCCUAGGCCGAGAUGAGCCUCCGCAGUGCAAUGGCCCAGAGUCACGCGCCAGCCUGACGUUCUGGGAGCUGCUGCAGGGUGACCAGUGGUGCCCAGAUCCUCGCGGUCUGCCUCCCGACCCUCCAACCGAAAAUGCUCUGAAAGCCCCGGAUCCGACCCAGCGGCCCAAUAGCUCGCAGUCCUGGGCGUGGGUCCAGCUGGUGGCCAGGGGUGAAAGUCCCGAUAACCGCUUCUACUGGAAUCUUUAUAUUCUACUUCUAAUAGCCCAGGCCACCAUAGCCGGGUUCAUCGUGUUUGCCAUGAUUAAAAUCGGCCAGCUGUUUCGAACAUUAAUCAGAGAGGAGCUCUUGUUUGAGGCAAUGGGAAAAUCGUCUAACUAAUCAAACUGUGACCAGAGCAUUGUGGACGGGGCCCCAAGAAGAAUCCAGUCAGGAUGCUGUGUGCCAUUCCUCCAUUUCCCCUCUCCCAGUUCUUCCUCUCAGUGUCCCUUCUCCCCUCUCCCCAGAAGGACCUUUUGUAAAAUCGCUACUGCUUUCUAGCCUGGCCUGGUUUUCCUCCUCUGUUGUUAGGUUCGGGAGCUGGGGGUGGGGGUGGGGUGCACAGGACUUAGCUUGUGUUUGGCUCAUCCCGUCCCAUUGUGCAGCGUUGGGUGCCUGGUGGAGAGAGGAGCUCUUUCUUGGUUUCUGAGUCUGAGGCCACAUCCUGCCAGGUGGGCAAGACCUCUCCUGCACCGAGCAAGGAUUGAGUAACAUUUGUGGAAGGAACACCGGCCUAAAGCGAACCCUAGAUCCCAGAGAUGAAGGCUCUUCCCAGGAACAAGCUGGAGUGUUCUUGUCCCUUUCUACCUGAAAGGAGAAUUCGUAUCCCUUCCUUUUUGUUGUCUCAUUUUGAAUUCGUUCUGCUCUGGGGCUGUUUGGAAGGGCACUGGUCUCUGAUCCAGUGACAAAUUUCAGAGCAAGCCUCCUCUGUGAUAGGCUGAGCUAAGACACACAGGAGCUCCCAUGUCCAUCCCAGUGACAGCAGCCACUUUGCAGCACCCACUCCCGAACUGACUAAAAUGACCUUACAGUAGGUAAGGCCGUGGCGGGGGAGGGGGGGUUCGGGGGGUGUUUUGCUCUGAAACAAGCACCCCCCAGGAACCUGAGCCUGGCCGACAAGGUUCCGGAGAGUGCUGGGAAGCUUGGGGCGCUGCUUAGUCAGUCCCAUUUGGCCUCCUGGGAGUUUCCCUAUGUCAUUUGUUUCCCAUUUCCUAGAAGAAAACGCCACAUCAUUUCACAGGCAUUUAUGGAGCUGUGACCAUGAGACGGGUGUUGGUGAUUGUAAUGACAGCUUGGUUUCCAGUGGACUGCGCUUGUAUCAGUCUCGUUUAUCCUUCCAAUAGAAAACAAUUAAACCCUUGUUGCAGUAAUUGGCUGCUUGUGAGAGACAGUGGUUAAACAUGCGCUAGGAGCUGACAAGUGAGGGUUCAGUCUUGGUGUCCCCAUUUACUAACACCCGCCCCCCCCCCCAGGACUCUGUACAUCCAGUAAGCCUGAUCUUCCUCAUUCUUGAAAGGGGACAAAACAGCACCUGCCUCGUAGGGUUGUUGUAAGAAUUAAAGGCAAUAAAACAUACAAAACUUUA